AUGAUAGAGCGAUUUAACGCCACCUUUAUUCCGCAAAUAGCUAAAUUACAAGACUCGGAAUAUAACAACUGGGACGAGUUUUUAGAUCCAGUGGUAUUCGCCUAUAACACUGGUGUUCGUUUGUCCACAAAGUUCUCACCAUAUGAACUACAAUUUGGGAGAAGGCCGCGUUUCCCGAUCGAUCCACCGCCAACACAGCUGAAUUUACCAAAUCCAUCCGAUUACUAUACUCAGUUAAAUAAAUCCCUUAAAUUAUAUCAAUUAUAUUCACGUGGAAAUAUGAUCAACCAACAAGAUCUUUCUACUAUAAGAUACAAUAAAAAUAGAAAAGACAAACAUUAUAAUAUAGGGGAUUAUGUUUUAACAAGGAUCCAAGGAAAUCAUUUGAAAUUAGAUCCACGAUUUCAUCCUACUCCAAUGAUUAUAAUCAAAGGAAAACAUCCAACAUAUAUUGUAAAAGAUCCAGAAACAAACAAAACAUCACAAAUUCACGUAAAUGACCUUCGUCCUAUUUUGGAGGUCAAUUUAACACCUUAA